CGACGGUGGUCCGGAAUUCAAGGCGAGCCACACUGAGGACUUCCUCCGCUUAUGGCACGUCAGACACCGUGUGUCUUCUGUUAGCUUUCCGCAGUCUAACGGGAGGGCAGAAGUGGCGGUUAAGACUGCUAAGCGCCUCCUGAUGUCCAACACCGGCCCGUCGGGCAGCCUUGAUCAGGACCGCUUCCUGCGUGCUAUGCUGCAGCUGCGCAACACGCCUGACCCCGACUGCAACCUCUCGCCAGCGCAGAUCAUCUUCGGCCGCCCCCUUCGUGGCUCGCUCUCCUUCGUGAACCGCCUCGAGAAGUUCUCGAACCCGCAUAUCCGCCUGCUAUGGCGCGAUGCAUGGGCGGCUAAGGAGGACGCCCUUCGGACCCGUAUGUCCCGCACCACCGAGUCUCUGGGGACUCACUCAAGACCGCUCCGGCCAUUGGCACUCGGCGAAAGAGUAUUCCUCCAGAACCAGCAAGGCCCGAGCCCCCACAAAUGGGACAGGUCAGGGAUUGUGGUGGAGUCACUGAGCCACGACCAGUAUCGGGUCAGGGUUGACGGUUCGGGACGUUUGACACUGCGCAACCGCCGUUUCCUCCGUGCCUACACGCCGGCCACACCCCACGCCCAUCAGCAGUCGGCCGCGCCGCCGCCGCCGCCCACUGCCCAGGAACAUCGGCCCCCACCCAUCCACCCGGGCUGGGCUGCGCCCCAGGGGGUUGCUCAGCCGCCGGCCGACGGGCCCCGCGACUGGGCUGUGGGCGCUUCCCCACCGGCGCCUGUUGAUGAGGCGACCGCUGACCUCACCGUUCCUGCGGGUGCCGUCCUGGGCGCACCGCUCCCGGUGCCGCAGUCGCCACCGACGCUGCCCCAGCCUACUCGGCCGGGCCGGGCGAGGAGGCCGCCUUCACGUUACGAGCCCGAGUCCGGCAGCUGGAUACGGGAUUUAGACCGUUAAUCUAUUCCGGCCUAUAGCUUUCCGGUCUGGGGGGGAUGUAGAGUGUACCGCCGGCCACUAGAGGGCAGCGUCUAAUUACCUGACCGGAUAUGUCACGCUGCCUUCCGUUAAUGUCAGCGUCCAUUUGAGUCUCGUCAUUCAUUCAUUCCACCUCGAGGCGAGAUGUUCAUCCACUCAUUCAUGGUGUCUUCAUCUCUGUCAUUAAACCCUUAAACUGA